GUCUAAAUAUUCUUCCUUUUCUUUUUUCUUUUCUUUUUCCCCCUCAGCAAACAAAAGGAAACUUUGUUGAUGAUGGAAUCUGAGAUGAACCCAGGCUAUUGAUAUUGAAUUUGAAAUAAAAAAAGAUUAGUCCCAGGAAGCUUUUCUUGAAGGCUGUAUCAUAGGCUUUACAGUGUUCAGGGUGCCUUCAACCACAACAAUCUUCAUCCAUCAAAAAAAUAAACCAUAACAAUCUUCUGAUAUCUAAGUUCCUAAUAGAGAACCAAAGAUUCUUGGAUAACAAGCCUCCACCGCCUUAACAGAUUUGGAACUGGGGUGAUUAUGCAUCAAAGCAUACACUGCCAGCUCCCACCUUUUAAUAUGGUUUCAAAAUUCAAUGCGCCAUGGAUCCACAUAUAAUACAAUAGUAAGCAUUAUAUUCUAAAUAGGUAAUUUGAUCACAGCAGAUCAGAAACUGUCCCAUUAACAACCCUAACUGAAAGGGUUGUAACUUGAAAAGGUAUUAAGAGAUAGGUGGCUAAGUGAAGGAUGAUGAGAUCUGGAGGGUUUAGAACUUAACUUUGAUGUUAAAUCCAUGUCAACUAUGGUUGCAAAAAAUAUGUGGCUUUCUCCAGUGUUGAUAUUUAGAUCUCUUUCGCGCAAGUAGAAUAGGAUAUUACUAUAUUGUGGUUGGGUACAGAACAUCAAAGAGUUGACUCAUGAGCAUGGUCACAAGAAUGCUAAAGCUUACUGCCUACCAAAAAACUGCAGCAAGAGCUACACAGCCUACACCAUCCAUCCUCUUUGAGAGAAAAUUAAAAGGAAAAGAAAGGAAAAAAUACCAGACUUAUAGUAACCAAUUAAAUAUAAAAGAAUAUUACAGCCAAGGAGUCCAUGUCCAAUCAACACUUGCAUCUAUCUACAGAGGCAUCAAGGGAUAACAGCCCAAAGAACAACGUAAAAGGUAAAUUGAUUAUGAUAAUGAGAUAGUGAUGGAACAAACAACACCAAAUGGAAAUUUUAGGGUUAUGACAGUUUAACUUGAGUGAAUUUCAUAAAAUGGAAAAAGCAUGUCAGCAACUCAACAAAAUCAUCCAAAACGAUAAAAUACUGUGAUUAUGGCAGUAUAACUUGAGUGAAUUUCAGGAAAAUAAAUACUUGGCCUUUCCUCAAGAGCUGAACCAACACCACCCAACUGCAUCGUCUGCUACUUCUCCUUCACAAACCCAGCUCUUCCCUUGUUGAUUUGCAGAGAACUACAUCUUUUCCAUCUCGAAUUCAGACGGCUAAAGCAGCAGUUAUUGAGGCGCAGAUGGCAGAUGAGAUAUUAUAGUCGGCGUCGGCGUGCUUGAUGCUUCCCAUAUCAAAUGAGAUAUCAACCGUCGAAAUGGCAUGUAGAGACACGGACAGGGAGAGAAUGCUAUCGAGAGACUAUCUUGCCACGUGGCUAAAAUAGUAUAAUCUUCCGACUGGGGAGUACCGUAAGAGAACACGUGUACAAAUUAUUUAGUCCAUUUCCCGCUCAUUAUAGGGUUGUUCUGUUGGCUUGGUACGUUCUGAAACACAAAGAAAGAACUAUGAUUUUGCGUUCGGGAAUGUGUGUUUAUGGUUCUGGAACCACACCAUUGUUUCAGACUUUGGACUUCACAAAACCCUUGAGACAAGUCCUGUCUUCUUUAUUGUCGAGCCGCCUCAGAACUCAGAAGCUCUUGCGCUGUCUUGCAACGACCACUUGCCCCUUAAUCCGACCGCCGGAACCACAAGACUCAUAGCAGAAACUUUGAUUUCUCCUCCUCCUCUCGAAUAGCUGGGCUAGUGGUCUUGAGGGCCAUGAGGUUUAUGAUCUUAAGGUUCAUGUCCAAAAAUAUCAUACAUGAAGCUGUCUCCCAUAUACAGGAUGGAAUCCCAACCUAUACAAGUUAAUGAUGACAGUAGGCAAAAUGAGAUCACCACAUGGACGGAUGCUGAGGAGAAGUGUUUUAUUGAUUUGAUGGUCCAACAAGUAAAGGCAAAUAACAGGCCCACUUCUUCCUUUGACACUAACGGAUGGAAUUUUAUCAUGGAGAACUUUAACAAAAUCAACAAAAAAGCCUACAACAAAGAGCAGUUCGAAAAUAAGUAUCAUCAGUUAAAAAAGAUGCACAACAACUACUACUCCCUUACUAAUCAUACAGGAGUCACAGUAGAUCCUCAAACAAAGAGGAUAACAGCAAAUGAGUGUGUCUGGGAUCACCUCUAUUUGAAGUACAGUUGGGUCGAACAAAUGAGGAAAAAGGGAUGCCCACAUUUAGAGGAGUUAGAUUUUAUUUUCUCAGAGACAAGUGCAGCUGGAGAGAUGGCAUUUGGGAACAAGGAGCUGGAACAUGUUUCAGAGGCACAAGAUCUAUGGGAUAGUUGGACACCAGAUGACACACAAAGUGAAUCAACUGCCCAGUCAAACCAUGAUACUCCACUAUCCAGUGAUUGUCAAAUCAUAAAGAAAACUGAGCACUCUUCCAAUAUAAUAUUUUAUGCCUUGCAAACAUGGACAGAGUUGAACAAGAGCAAGUUAAAGUUGUAUAAUCUGAAAAUUGAAGAAAUAAUGGAGGCUAGGCAACAAAUGCAAUCUAAGAAGAGGGAUACUUCUGUUACUAGGUGCAUGGAAGUUGUUAAUGAGAUUUACGUGCGUAAUGGGAUUGGGAUAGAACAGGUGAUGGCAACGUUCAAACCAUUCAGAGAUGAGUAUUUGAGGGAGAUAUUCCUAGCCAUGUCUCCUGAUUUGCAAGUGGACUGGCUAAAACAUCUUUAGGAAAAGGUAAAUAGAAGAUGAAAGAUGGAAGACACGGCUAGAGUAGAUGCAUUGUUUCUUAUUUUAUAUUUUAUUUUUUCUAAUUCAAGUUACUGGACUUGUAUAUGAAGUUGAUGCUGUCUUUGCAGAUUACACUGCGUUACUAUUGUUUCAUGAAAUAUUGUGUUGGGAUACAUUAGUCAA